GGGGGUCUUACAAAGCGGAACGAUUGGUUUCAGGGUUUUAUUUUCCGGGGGGACGUCAGAGCCGAUCAUGGCGACUCUCGGCGGCAGUCGUGGGGAUCGUCUUGGCAACUCAAACCAUCAAAAGUCUUCUCUCGUAUCUCCGGAGAAAGUCCGUGAACUUCUUAACGACGGGGUGUCGUCCACGGACACCGGAUCCAACAGUGAACAAGGAGACUUGAAAGUUCUGGAAGUAAAAAGCAACACUCAAGCACCUUGCGAAGCAACGAACAAAGACGCCUUUUUCUCAAGGGUGGAAUCUUAUUCAUGUUUGAAAUGGGCAGGCAAACCCCGAAUACUGUCCCCUCUGAUGUGCGCCAGAUAUGGUUGGAUCAACGUCGGCUGUGAUAUGCUCAAGUGCUCCAGCUGCCAGGCUUUCCUUUGUGCAUCACUACAACCAACUUUAGACUUUGAAAAAUAUGAAUCCCGCAUUGCAGAGAUAUCGAGGCAGCUUCAGACGCAGCAUGAGAAGUUUUGCCCCUGGCCUGACUUUCCCUGCCCUGAGCGGUUCUGGCUGGUUCCAGCCUGUGAACCAUCAGCACUUCUCACUUCCUUCUUGGAGCGCUUCCAGAGCGCCUGUCUUCUUGCACAGCAGCUGCCAGCCAUGAAGCCGGAGCAGCUGAAGUCUAUGUCACUGACAGAAGAUGUUGUCAGUGUUAUACUGCAGCUGAUCGAGGAAGAACAAAAAAGAAAGGGGGGAACUUCAUGUUCUGAACCUUUGGCUGUCCAAGUGGCUGCAUGCAUUGUUUCUCUCUGUGGCUGGGCUGCAAGCCCCUCUCUGCACGCCAUGAACCUGCCCAUCCUCACCUGCUCGUACUGUAUGCGUAAGGUGGGCUUGUGGAAUUUCCACCAGAUGGAGGGAAUGGGAGGCGAUGGAGAUGCCUUACCAAUUAUCGUAGGCCCCUCUGCUCAAGCAGUAGCUCCUGCCUCAGUAGCUACACAGGAGGGCCAGGGGGACCAAACUGCUUCUGCCUUAUCCACUCCUGCCACAACUCCAUGCCGCAUGAAGCUGAGGAGCCAGGACUCUACCCGUUCUGAUCAGGGUGAAGGAACCUCAUCCCCUGUGGGUUUACGUGCCCGAAGCAGAGAUUCACCAAGCCCCAGUGAAGAGUUGUCAAGUCCUUUGACCAGGGGCAAAAGAACUGCAACUCGCGGUAGAGGACAAGGAGACAACUCUGGGCCUGAUGGCACUGCCAGCCUGCAACACCCUCCUAAACGCUUGUGUCUCUCAUCAAUUGGUGGUCCAGAUGGGAUGCUGCAUAAGAAUGCAUUUGAUCCGCUCGCUCAGCACAGAGACUGGUGUCCCUGGAUUUCUGUGGGAAAGGAGAAUGUGGAUCCAGGGGUCAUUCCCUCUCUGGACGUAGGUACAGCACUUCAUCAGCAGGGCUGGAAGGCUGCUCUCGACCUCCUUGUGCCCAUGAAGAAGAACUCUAAUACAGCAGGAGGUAGUCCAGCACAGGGUCCUCGUGACAAAUCUAAAAGAGUGUUUGCUAUAUUCCGUCAGUGGCAGGUGUCCUCCCCAGCGUCUCAGUAGACUGUUUCCAUCCAAACAGCAUUGCAACACUGAACUUUUGAACUGACCUGCCCUCUUUUUGUGGUACUGAGUCCACAAUACCAAUGACAGGACUGUCAUUAUAUAUGUAUGCCAUCCCGUAAAGUCGUGUUUACAUUCAAAGUGUUUAUGGAGGGAAGGGAAGUUGAUUGUGUCUUUAAGCAAAUUAAUGCGUGUCUUCUCUGUGAACAGUGAAAUAUGUGAAGGAUGCCUGAGAGGCAUUUAAACAUUUUGAAUUCUCUGGGAGGGGGCAAUUUAGGUCUUGUUUCAUGUGUAGAUAUCAAGUAAUUGAACACAUCUCUCAUAUAAACUAGCCACAGGCAAGGCAUCUACUAUUGACCUCACAUGAAGUCUGCUGUAGUAGUAGCCCUUCAAGUCCCUGAUCGUGAGAAAGGGCCAAAUGGCUUGACACUGGAAAGGCAAUGUUUACCUUCAAUGUAUGUUGAGUCAUUUGAGGGAGUGUUAAAUAUUAACCUCAGAUUAACAAAAACUGUGAGGAAGUCAUUUGUGUGUGUGUACUGUUGUGGAUAUGAGUUCUCUUUGAAAAGAACAGAAUCAUUUUUGGUUGUAAAAUUGUUUGUUGAAUGUAUGUUUUUCAUUUAGUCAAUACUAAAAUCUUGAUUUUUGCAGGCAGGUAGAACCAUGUGCCAUGACCUUCCAACCUAUUUUGAAUUACAUUCAGGAUGCCUGUACUUCCUUUUUGCCUUCCCAUGACAUCUUGUUGCUAAUUCAGUCCUCUCUAUUCUGUGCUUUUAUCUCUGUAGAAUUUCCUAAAUGUGUAAUAAAAUGCUCUUCCGAAAGUUUGUUUCACUUUGAA